CACAUCUUGCUCUGUGGUGUUUAUGGGCUGGCCCCAUCAGAGGUGAUGGAGACAGUGACACAGGUGUGAAGGAGGGAAGAAGCCAUUCGAGGCAAAUGAAAAGAAGUCACAGGUCAAGGGAGCUUGGGGACUCUUUACACCUUUCCAUGUGAUGCUGAGAGAAGCACUUCCCUCCUUCCAGCUUGCUGCUCUCUGCUGCCAGCUCUCUCCCAGCAUUAUGGCCUUCAGUGGAAAAUUCGAAAUUGAGAGUGAGAAGAACUAUGAUGAGUUCAUGAAGCGCCUGGGUCUUCCAGGAGAGGUGAUUGAAAAAGGACGCAACUUCAAGAUCAUCACAGAGGUCCAGCAGGAUGGACAGGACUUCACCUGGUCCCAGUCUUACUCUGGAGGCAGCAUUAUGACCAACAAGUUCACCAUUGGCAAAGAAUCUGAAAUUCAGACCUUGGGGGGCAAGAAGUUCAAGGCUGUUGUGAAGAUGGAGGAUGGGAAGGUGGUGGCAACCUUCCCCAACUAUCACCAGACCUGUGAGAUUGUGGAUGACAAGUUGGUGGAGAUCUCCACCAUUGACGGUGUGACCUAUGAGCGUGUAAGCAAGAGGCUGGCUUGAGCCACCAGGCUGGGCUCUAGGGGCUACAACCCACCAAUAAAAAGUGCUUCAUGAACUGCCA